AUGGAAGCUCCGGCUCCAGAUUGGUCCGAGCUGCCCGCCGACAUACUGUGCGACGUGCUCACGCUGCUCGAGUGCCCGGACCUCCUCCGAGCCGGCGCCGUCUACGCGGCCUGGCACAUGGCGUACUCCAGGCUACGCCGCGCCGGCAUCUACCCCGUCCGCCAAACCCCCUGCUUACUCUACUGCAACGAGGCCGCCGGCGGGCUCAACGCCCUCGGCAUGUACAUUCUUUCCGAGAAAAAGGCAUAUACCAUGCCGCUCCCUGAAUCUUCCAUCAAGAACUGGAUCGGCUCGUCGCACGGAUGGCUAGUCACUAUGGAUGACAAGUCCGAGCUGAUGCUGCUCAACCCGAUCACCGGCAACACUAAUGUACUCCCUCGAAUUACAACCAUGGAGCAUGUUAAACCUGUCCUAAACGGUCAUGGGGUUCUUGAAAAGUAUGAGGUGUUUUACUACGAUAGAGAGAUUCCGAGGGUGGUGGAGGAGGACACUGCUAUAUGGUCCUUGGAGGAGUAUGGUCACAUGGUCUAUCUAAAGGCGACUUUAUCGUGUGAUCCAUCGGUAGGUGGAUGCAUUGUCAUGCUCAUCCACCAGCCGUACGGCCAGCUCUUGUUUGCCAAGGUAGGAGAUGACCAUUGGAAUUGGCUCAGCGUAUGCAGCUACUACAAAGAUUGUGUAUACCACAACGGGUGGUUCUAUGCAGUUACCGAAGAAGGCGCGAUUGAUGCAUACAAUUUACAUGGACCAUCUGUCAUCCACAAAAGGUUGUUACCCCAAAUAAUCCAGACAGUUUCGAAAUGUCACGUUGUUCGGGCGCAAUCCGGAGUUGUCCUCCAAAUCAUUAGCUAG